UUUUUUAUUACGGCUAAAAUUCUUUGGGGCAUAGUGUUAACCCAGUUUUGGCAAAAAUUUGGUGUAAAACAAUCCAAUAUUUCUUGAAGCUUUUGUCUCAGUUCGGUGAUGGUACGAGCAGGAUGUUGUCGUAGAACCUUUUUCAUCUCGUGCCGCAAAGUUUCAAUGGUGACAGAUCUGGGCUGCUUGAAACCCAUAUCAAAAGUGGUACAUUAUUUUCUUACAUCCAUUUUAUAGCCUUUUUUGAUGUAUCUUUCAUCACUGGUAAAAGCGAUUCUUCUAAAAUUGCCAAAUAUUUG